CGGGCGGGGCUGCAGCACAGGUACAAUUUGCCUCCUGAACACAGCCAAAGCGGCCUUUUUCACCAGUGCUGGACAAAAAAAAAUCGCACAAUUUGAAGUAAAUCCGCAGCCAUGGCGGCGGAGGCUGACAAGGUAGAGCCUGCGGACAGCGAGCAAGAAGACGAAGUGGAGGAUCAGUACGAAGUGGAGCGUAUCAUCGACAUGCGGGUGGAAGAGGGGGAAGUUCUCUACAGAGUCCGGUGGAAGAACUACUGCUCGGACGAUGACACUUGGGAACCAGAGGCCCACUUGGAGGACUGUCGUGAGGUCCUCUUAGCUUUCAAGAAGACCAUGGCUGAGAUCAAGGCCAAGAAAGAGUUAGAAGCCAAGAAGCCCCCGAAACUUCUGCCUUCAAAGAGCGAUGUGUUUGACGCAAACUCUGACAGCGACAGUGACAAAGACCCUCCCACAGAGGCACCUCUCAAGAAGAAGAAAAAGACAAAGGCAAAGGAAGAAGAAGAAGAAGAGGAGGAACUACCUUCAAAAGAGAAAAAGAAGAAGAAAGAGAAAAGAAAGGAGCAGUUAAGGCCUAUCCCGGCCCCAGAGACGGACAAAGAAGAAGGAGUAGAAGAAGAAGAUGAGAAAGCCCCGACUUCACCCUCUCCUGCCAAGGAGAAAAAGCCUGAUUUGAAAAAGCAUCUGGUUGAGUCAGAAGAUGAGGACGAUGAACCUGUUCCCUCCAAAAAACACAAGAAGGAAAAGGGCAAAGAGGGAGCAAAACUAAAGAAAGAGAAGGUAGAAGAGGGGAAGAAGAGGAAAGGGAAGAAGGACAGGAAGGUAGAAACCUCUGAAGAUGAGGCCGCUGCACCGCUGGAAGAGAACUUGAGUGAUGGCCCGUCAGAGUCCCAAGUGGACGAUAAUGCAUCAACAGAUAUGGUGACAAAGUCGGCAGAAAAAGCCCGCGUGGAUGACAAGUCCAAACUGACCAAGGGGAGGUUGGAAGUGAGGCUGCAGGGCAUUAAAGACCUCAUCCAUGACAAAAAGAGCAAAAAGCCCGACGCCGCUCAGAAAGAAAUCAGCCUCCUAAAACUGAAGAGCCUCACCUCUAAAGUCAGAGAGGAAACCGCUCUACACUCAGACUCCAGCGAUAGCUCCAUCUUACAUAAGAAAGCCAAGAGCAAAGGACAAGAGAGCACGUCUGCACUCCCCAAAGCCCCCUCCUCCUCCACAUCCUCAACGUCCUCCUCUUCCUCGGUCACAGCAGCUGUCGGCGUCAAGGUAAAGGAGGAGGAGGUGGUGGUUAAAGAGGAGGUGUUGGGACCGAAGGACUCUACAGGCUCCACUAACCUGUUCGAGAAGUUCCUGUUAAACUGCGAGGCCAAAGACCGGGCCCCCCGCAGGCAGCCGGGGCAUCAGGCCCCCCCAGAGAAGACCAGCAGCAAACCCACAAAGCUAUUAGGAAAGAUUGAGAAGAUCCCCAAAACAACCAAAGAGUCUCCGGGUCCGAAAGCAGAGUCCGAGAAGACGGAGAAAAACAAGCAAUCAGAAGCCUCCAGACCUGGCCAGAGCUUUGGCUUCAGCCUGGACAGCGAGGAGAGGGAAGCAGAGGAGACUCCAGCAAAGCAGAAGCCUGGAGAGGAGUCCCGGGAGAGGAAAGAGAGGUCCGAGGAGGCACAGCGGCCCGGCUGGGAGAGGAAACCUCCCGCAGAGGACAGGAGGAAGAAGAGAGAGGACAGCGAGACCAGACUCUUCAUCGCUUGUGAAGACAAUCAGGACUCCCAGGACCCACCGGGGGGCGCUGACAAAUCUGACAAGGGCCAAGCCACUCUGAGUCUAGGAAUGGACCUGAACCUGGACUGGAUGACACUCGACGACUUCCAGAAACAUCUGAACGGAGAGGACGAGAUCCUGUCGGGUCCUCCAUUAUCACCCAGUGAAUUGCGGGACGCUGUGAAGAGUGGAGAUUACAUGGCUGUAAAGUUGGCUCUUAAUUCCAAAGAGGACUACAAUCUGGACCAGGAGGCUUGUACUAUUGGUGAGGCGAGGUCAUUUGAAGGAGAGAGGAGCUUGAUUGAAGAGAGAAGUUCGAGUGAUGCUCUUAGGUUGACUUCUGACCUUGACAGUGCACGAAAUUACGAGGGUACUCAAAGAGUAAAAGAGAAUUUCCCACAAGGUAUGGAGGUAGAUAAAAUGCCAAGCUGCCCUGCCAGUAUAAACUCUGAGCAACUGAUAUUGAGGCAGAAUGAACUGAUCCCAAAUGGUGGAAAGGAUAUAACGGAAUCAAAUUGUGCUGCUUCUGAUUCAGCUGCCAAGCAAGAAAGUCAAGGAAAGGAAGACCAGAAGCAAGCACAGGAAGACGAGAUGUCAGAGGAUGCAAAUGGUUGUUUAUCAAGUGAAAUGAGUUUGAACUUUGUUCAUCCAGAUGACACAAAUACAGAAGGGCUGCUUACAAGAAACGAUGACAAUACAGAACAAAAUGGCAUUGCCCCUGAGGACUCAAAUCGCUCGAUUGAUGAGGCAGAGCAUGCAGAGGCAGGUCAAUCAGACGGUAAAGAUACCGUUCAGUCAAGCACAAAGGAGAUUCGUAAACGACCAUGGAGUCGCAGAAGAUAUGUGGAGAGGAAACAACCAGCUCGAUCCAGUAAGAAAGUCAUUCAACUGAAACCUGCAAAAGCGGAUAAUGAAAAAAAGGAGUCGGGUAAAAAGCACUUCUGUUUAUAUUGCAAAAUCGCUUAUACCCAGCUUGCAAAGCACUUGGAAAGAAGACAUGCAGAGGAAACAGAUGUUGCCCAUGCAAUACACUUUCCCAAAGGCUCCAGAGUUAGACAGAGUUUACUCGACCAAAUUCGCAAUAAAGGAGAUUAUGAACAUAAUUGUCAAGUUCUCAAAAGUGGCGAAGGGGAAAUUGUCACCAAGAAACAGGUUAAAAAUCCCAGCGUAUCAGUACGUGACUUCCUUCCUUGCCAGCACUGCUUUGCUUUUUAUCGCAAAACAGAUUUAUGGAGGCAUGAGCGGACAUGUAAGGCCAGAAAGGGCGAUCAGAAAUCUUCUGAAAAAAGCAAGAAGAGCAGAGUCCAUAGUGCUGCCUCCCGGCUGCUUCCAAUGUCAGAGUUCUUAAUUGGUGGCUGCGAGGAAAUCAUCCACAUCAUGCAUCAAGAUGACAUCUCAAGGCACGUUAGAAAUGACCCCCUUAUUUGUAAAUAUGGAAAUGCAUUGUCUGCCAAGUAUGACCAUGACAAGUCUCAGUUUGCUUAUAUUGCCCAAAAGAUGAGGGAACUAGGAAGAUUUGUAGUCGCUGUAAAUGAGCUUGACGGCAGCGUAAAGUACCUGCAUGAAGUAUGCAUUCCUUCCAGAUUUGGAUUAGCUAUUGAAGGGGCCAAAAAACUCAGUGGCUUUGACCCCAGUUCCAGUAAGUUUAAAACAAUUUCCCUCGUCUCAAAGAUUCGCUACUCCUUGAAACGUGCUGCAGAAAUAGCUUUUGGGGAAAGCCGCAUGACAGAGGACAGUGAAACAGAAAGUGAAGUAAAAAAGUUUAUACAACUUCUCGAUACAAAGUGGAGUGAAUGUUUUUCUCGCAAGGCUCUCGCGUUAUCCCAAAAGCAAGAUGUUAAGAAAGUGGAAGUGGACAAAUCAACUGUGACAGAAGAUUUGAUGAAACUCCACACGUUUAUCACGGGGGAAGAAGAAGAAGCAAGGAAGGAGCUGAAGGAAAGUCCUAAUUUGUCAAAUUGGAAAAAGCUCAGCGAGGCCACCCUUGCAGAUGUGUGUUUGUUCAACAGAAGUAGGGUAGGAAAUAUUGGUAGAUUGCUCUUGCAAAAUUACAAUAAGAAGAGUAGGGGAACAUUCAUGCCCUCUGCAGAUCAAAUUAGAAAAAGCACUAAACUGGAGCUGGACCUUGGUAGCAGUUUCACCAGAUUAGAACUAGAGGGUCAGUUCGGGAGGAACAUGCUGGUUCUGCUCACGGAGAGAAUGGUUUUAUCAAUCGAUUUGCUCAUUGAAAAUAGAGAACAAGCAGGUGUGUCAAAAACAAACCCAUACCUGUUUGCGCGGACUGAAGGUCCAUCCUUCAUCAGAGCAUUGGAUUGUUUCCGGAGGUCCGCAAUGGAAUGUGGAGUAAAAAACCCUGAAGCACUUCUGUGCUCAUCGUUAAGAGAGCAAAUUGCCAUUUGCUGGCAGCUCAUGAGCCUGAGUGAACACGAAGUGGACCAAGUGUCCAAGAUGUUGGGAAGCAGUAGCCAGGAGUGUUACAGUCCCUCCAAAAAUGCAUCACAGCUGGAGGAAUUGAGCCAACAACUACUCAAAGUGGAUCAAACGAUUCCGUCAACUCCACCCAGCACUGCAAGAGAUGGAACUGUAGAGAAGCCCACUUUAAAGAGAAGACCCUGGAGUGAGUGGGAGCAGGCCGCAGUGAAGCGUUACUUGUGUGAAUUUAUCACAGAGUUGAAGGUUCCAGGCAAAAAAGAGUGCAAUGCUUGCAUAGCUGCUGAACCAGAUCUUUCUGGGAGGUCUUGGACCGACGUCAAAAACUACGUACAUAACACACUGCAGACAAUACGGAGGAGAAUUAACCACCAUAAAUCUGACGGGAAUAUAAAUGAGAGUCCACAGAGGUCGAAAGGUGGAGUCCAAACCACAGAGAAAGAUUUGGAAGACUCAAACGUUGUGUGUAAUAUGACAACAGUGAAUCCAGAUCACCUGACGGAAAGUACAAGUUGUUGCAUGACAAUGGAAUCAACCAAUUUCUCCCAGGAGAUGACUUCUACUUAUGCUUCCUUGUGCUCUACUAGUGCAAACAUGAACCUUACAAGUCAACCGUUGAUUUCAACUUUCACACCAUUAAACGCUACUGAUACACAAGUGGUUCCUACAUUUACUCCACACAACACAACAAAUGCACUAAUGCCUCCUGCAUACACAUCGGAGAACAACAUCAUAAUGCCAUUGUCCCCUUCGUAUACACAGAAUGCCACAAGUAUGUCAGUGUCUUCUGUGUAUUCACCACAGGACAAUACAGGUUCAUCCAUGAUUCCUCAUUUUAGCACCUUUACCGCUGCAAGCACCUCAAUGGUUCCUACAUUCACGCCGUUGAACACAAUUGCACCAAUGGCUACUGCGUUCUCACCUAUAAAUGAGAGAAGUAGGCCUAUUGUAUCUUCUUUCACACCUUUGAACAAUGCGAUUACACCUGCGUACCCCACAGAACCACCACCUAGGGCUCCUACAACUGCUCAGGUUGUCCCAACAGUUCAUAGAACGGCUGUUCCUGACCGAACACCAGUUGGAAAGGAAAGUGGGUCCACGACAGGAAGACAAGUCAGUCCAGCUGACAAGCCUCAAAAGAGAAACAAGAGGUUGUGGAGCAAGGUGGAACAGGAUGCGGUGAGGCGUCAGCUGGGAGACUUCUGUAGACUUGUCAAAGUGCCAGGCAAAAAGGAUUGUGAUGCAUGUUUAGCUGCUGAACCUGCCUUAAACAGCAGAACGUGGAGGGAUGUGAAGUAUUUUGUACAUAACUCAAUUCAGUCUUUUAAAAGAAGAGGGCUUGUUGUGGCCUCCAAACCAAGUGAAGAACGGGAACCAGAGACACAGAAUAAUCCAAACACGGAGUGGGAUGGUCCUGUUUAUCUGUCCCUGUAAAUAUUUAUAAUGGACUUCAGAUAAAAGCAUUAAAUGAUCAGUAUGAUUUUAGAGCUGUGCGAGGGCUAUAGCUUUUACCUUAAUAAUUCAGCAGUGAAUUGUUGUAAAAUGUUCGUCGUCCGUGAACUUUGGCUUCAGUGGCCAUACAGAUCGUGAUGAUUAUAGACGGUCCUGCAUUUCUUUUAGUCACACUUUUUAAAAAGUUCCUCAAGUAUUAAGAAUCAUGUCCACCGGACCAAGUGUACUGUUGCAUGACUAUACGCUAAAUGGGUCGAACUAAGGACGUUUGUACUGUAGCUUUGGCUUUAGGAAAAGGAUGAUGGUAAUGUUUUAAGAUGGUUCGAUAGUAUAUGACACAGUCAGUUAUGUAACUCUGUCAUGUUGUCCAAUCAUCACAGGUUUGAUCUCUGGAAAGUUCUCUAAUUUGUGUUAUCAUUUCGUAAAUGUUAACCUACAUUUUUCCAGGAUUUGCAACCUGCAGCUAGUCACUGGCUGUGGGAUGAAGCCACUGUGGCACCUAAACACGCUUUGACAAUUUCAAACAAAUGAUAUGUGAAAAAAUUGUGAAAGCAAAAGCUGAAUAUUUUUGGGACUCAUCAGCCACCGUAACCAGGGCAUGAGGGUGACCUCAGUGAGACAUUUCCAGAGGGAUUUGUACUCUUUAAGUCAAAACCUCCUGAAACCCCUAUCUUCCUGCCUGUACUGUUUUCAGUAACAUUUUUAUGGAUUUUGAUGAUCAUAAAAGAAAUGGAAAACCUACCAGCAAAUAUUUGCAUCCAGUCCCUCCAACAUGAUAGAUGUGGGUAGAUUUGCUUUUCAUAAUUCCCAAAUGCCCGCCCCAAGUGUGCUGUAUUCUUUCUUCAGCCAGUAGCCUAUAAUUGUAGAUGGCCCCUGAUAGCCUGCAGCAGUAAUGGCAUACCUUCCUUGCUGAUGUUAGAGAAUAAGGAGCUCCAUGUGUUUACCUCUCACCUAACCAUGAAUCUUGUUUAAUGUUUUCUCGUGUUUAAGCUUUUUUGUUUUGUUUUAUGUGUGUUAAUAAGCUGCUGUGAGCUUUGUUGUUGUAUUUUUGUAUCACUAUAAAGAAACGGUGCAGAACAUUUUACUUUAUUAUAUUUUUGUUAUACUCUGAUUUGAGGUUUAUACACUACAUCUGUCUAAGUAGUCGUACUUCCUUUUAAGCUUUUACUAUCUAGAUAUUAAUAUCAAGUAGCCAAAAUAAGAUUGCCUUAAAUAAAUAUAUGACAAGAAUAAAAACACUUCAUAAAUGAGACACUAUUUUUAAAUCCAAAAGGAUAGGUAAAGUUUGAGGGUAACAGACGGACAAUGAAUGAAACACUUUAAUUCCCAAUAGAUAAAAAUGUAUGUUCAAGUAAAUUAAUAUUUCACCUUUGACUGAAAGGGAGUUCUUUAAUAGCCCACAGAAUGCACAUUUUAUUUUUAAGCUGAACUUAACUUUGUUCCUCUCGUACCAUCUUCCAGGUUUAAAGCAGGAAACCGAACACCGGUUCAACCUGAAAUCAACAUCAGCAAUAGCAGAUUGCUGAUCACAGUCCACAGGUUUAAACAUGGUCACUGAAGAGUUUAUUCACAGGUUUAAAUCUGAUGUUGGGUCUGGUCAGUCGGCUGUGUAGACGUCCUUUUUAGGACUUCAGAAAAUAACACGUCUUCUGCAGUCGUUAAUUAAAUGUCUUUGUGAUCAGGAAGCUGAAAUGAUGAUUUACACCAGGGGUGUCCAAACUGCGGCCCGCAGGCCAUUUUGAAUCGGCCCUCUGCAAAUUCUAAAAGUAUAAUGCAAUAUGACCCACAAAUUAACCUUUGCUUGUCUUAUUUUGUACUUCUCAAAUAUAUAUGUUCAGAUAUAUUAAUGAGCCUAAUUUUCAAAUAAAUUCAGUCAUUUAAAAUUUAAAACAUUUUCUAACAAAUCUUAUUUGAUUAAAAAAAAGCCCAAUAACUUAAUUCUAUAACCAGCUUAAAAUUUAACCUUCAUGUUUACUCUUAUUAUCAGCAAUCUGAGGCUCCUGUUUUAAGGAAUGAGCUGCAAACAAAAUGAAUGAAACCCUAAAGAGAGACGGGAUGUAGACUGUUCUUUUCUGAAAGUGUUUUCAAGUACCGCGCAUUAUUCACCUACAUUUGAUUUGUUUUGCUAACUUAUAACUUAACUUAUGAGGCAAUGUUCGCCUCUAGAAGGGGCCCAGCUCUCCGUAUGUUUUUCUGUAUAUGGCCCUCGGUGAAAAAAGUUUGGACACCCCUGAUUUACACAGAAAGCACCACUGCUGUUUGUCCAAACUGUUUGUGUGGUCCUGACUUCCAACUGUAGUGAAUCUGUUUUAGAAUAACCAUUGUUUACCCAUUCAUCCCGAAGCCCUGAGCAUCAGACAAACAAAGCCCUGACCUGGUCAUGUAACCCGUGUUGGCUCAGUCACACCAAGGCUAACAGGUUUUCCUUGUAUAGUUUCCGAAAGUCGCGGAAGUGUCUACAGAUGUUUAAUUUUCAAUCAGACACUAGAGUUGCUGUUUGGUGUUGCAAAGCAACGCUUCCCUGUAUAGUUAUAACUUCCUCUCAUUGUAUGAGCACACUGUGCGUGCUACUCUUCAUCCUGUUGUAAUUAUGUUGCCUUCUCCUAAUGCUUAUGAUCAAGUACUGUAAGGAACUUAUAACUCCAGCUUGUACAAUAAAAUGCUUCUUGACUUAAAAUGUAAA